GUUCACAUGAACUGUGGCUUCUCCAGUCUUUCUUCCCUUGAUCACAUUUUCGCCAGAAGGUUUCCCACGGAUGCCACGAUGGUCACGGUGGUGUAUGAUAAUUCAGAGGCAACGGAGCUCUGUGCAGCUCACCACCUCUACCUCAAGCCCAUAGCAAAGUUGAUGAUCAGUGUAUUGCUCCCUGAGAGCACGGAACCCAUGAGGCCCUUCUCUAACUGGGAAGUUCUUGACCAGCUGAAGAGCCUGAUUUGUCCUGACCAGUUCACCAUGGUGCGGCUCUCCAAGAGCACCAAGGACUUCAUCCGAUUUGAGGGGGAGGCUGAAACUCUAAGUUUGGUUCAGAUCCUGAAGGCCAAGUUACACGGGAAGAUCAUCAAGCUAAGCGGUUUGAAAACAGACUUAAGAGUAGUGGCCACAGAUGCCCAGGGGGAGUGGGAACACUUCCCCAAAGAAAAGGGGGUGCCGUUGGGUGAUGGGUCUGAAGAGCAGGACCACGAUAAGAGCCCAGAUUCCAUAUACUUCGAAGGCCUGCCCUGCAAGUGGUUUGCACCUAAAGGUUCCAGCGGGGAGAAGCCAUGUGAAGAGAUCCUUCGGGUGGUCUUUGAAAGUUUUGGGAAGAUCAAGAAUGUGGAUAUUCCGAUGCUCGACCCCUACCGAGAAGUCAUGACUGGUGGGAGCUUUGGGGGGUUCAGCUUCGGCUUGCAGACGUUCGAGGCCUUUAUACAGUACCAGGAGUCAACUGACUUUGUAAAGGCCAUGGAGUCCCUCCGCGGGAUGAAGCUGAUGCUUAAAGGAGAUGAUGGGAAAGCUCUGGCAUGUAACAUUAAGGUUAUGUUUGAUACAACCAAACACUUCAGUGAAGGAGCUAUAAGGAGGAGAAAUCAAGAAAGGCUGAAAUUACAAGAGCUGGAGGAAGAAAGGAAAAAAGAAAAGAAGAGAGAAGAGGAAGAGGCUGAAAGAAAGAGAAAAGAGGAGGAGAGGAAAGCCCAGGAAAAGAGGAGAAAGGCCAGAGUCAGGAGGCGCACCCUGAAGGAAAGGGGCAGACACCGGCAAAGGAGACAGAAGGACAGUGCCAAAGCGGAGGCCCGUCAGGGGCCCAACUCUUCGGAGGACUGGGAGGAGAGGAAGGGCCUGCUGGCCCGGAGGGAGCAGGAGGCCCUCCGCCUGCUGCGGGCGCUCCUGAGGAAAAUCGAAGGGUCUGUACAAUUUAACCCACGGGAGGUAGAUGUUGCAGGCUCCAAAGCUAAUCGUGCUCUGGGGACCACACUGGGAGCUCUGAAGAAAGAAGAGUUAAACACUCAGUAUCUUCAAAAUCAGGAGGAAAUGCCAAGAUAUCAGGUUUCCAAGUCAGAUAAGAAGAGGAAAAAAGAGAAGAAGAAAAGAGCUAGGGCUCACUUACGUAAAUCUUCCCACCACCUUGGGGGAAAAAAAUUAAGAUAUUCAGCUAGAAAAGAGAGAAGUGGAAAAUUAUUAACCAGUGAAUACAGUCACAGUUUGCUCCCUGAUCGGAAUUCUUUGCAAAUUGCAAUGAUUCAAGGUCAAUCUCUUGAGAAAGAAGACUACCAUGGUUCUAAUAAAUCCUAUUCUUCCAGAUUAGUUGAGAGAGACCAUGGCAGGAAACAGAAGAUCUAUGAAACAGAUGAAUUUAUUUACUAUCUUUUAAACUACUAUCAAAGUCCAAAAUAUGCCCGUAUCUGCCUAGAACCAAGUCACAUAACAAGCACAUGUCAGUGGAAGAGGGUCGUCCAUGCGAAAGGAAGUGGAUUUCAAAUCAAUUUGAGAAAACGUAAGUGUCAUUUAACCAGUUUGAGCCAAAUGCAAAACCUAGAUAGGAGAGAACAGGUGCAAGAAGACGAUUCCUGUACAAAGAUUUGUACUCAGGAUCCUGAGCAUAAACCAGAAAAGAGAGGAAAAGUGGAUUAUGCCAAAGAAUGUAGAAUGUUUAAGGGGUUUAAACAUCAUUGCAAGGACACAGUAUGUGAAGCUGGUGAUCGGCCAUCCCCAACUUUUGGAAAGAGCCAUCUGUUGGAACAGACUCAUGCUUACCAGGUCCAAGAUUCCAUAUCCACAAGUCAAAGCCAAGUUUCCUUACCCAACAGGUCAGCAGACUUUAAUUUGGAGCUGACAGAUUUCUUAGAGGAAAUUAGCAGUGAUUCUGAAUGUUUCAGUGAAAUCCUUAGCAUAAACAAAGAGGAGAAAGAGAAAUCUGUGGCCACACAUGAUAGCUCCCCAGAAAAGGGAUCUCUUGACGCUGAUGAAAUCAUCACUUGCGAUCCAGAAAUUAGGUCAAGUCAGCAAACCUUGUAUUCAGAGUGGAAACAUGAGGAGGAAAAAUACUCUAAAUAUGAGCUUAGGAAACCAGGCAAGAGGUCCAAUUAUGAACUGAGGUGUUCAUGGCUUGAGGGUGAAGACAAUUCUAUUAGAGAUGAGAAGAGCAACAGCAAAAAGAGGGAAAUAUUGGCUCCCAAAUACGUAUUUGAUAAAAGCUACCACCACAAAUCCAGUGCCAGUGAUCAAUUAGACACUGUCACAAGAAAGAGGAGGCGGUUUAGUGAUAGUACAUUUGACCAGAAAGUGAACUAUAGGCCCUUUCAUGUGCCGAGAACAUCGUCAAAAAGUGCUAAUGCUUCCUAUUUGGGGGAUUUUCCCAAAAGAAGAGAGGCUCCAUGGAAGUCAGAACAUAACCGGGAUGCAAGGAGGUUUAAAAGAUAUGAGAAUUCUGAAGAUUUCAUGCUGAAUUCUGAUAAUUACUAUAUCAGACGUAGCAGUCAGGAGCACAUUGACGACAGAAGCUAUUUAGGAAACAACUACACUAGUUCUUUAUAGUUUCAAAUGUUUUGAAGGUCUCUUAGACCAGAAAACUCUUACUCACAAUAAAAAUGUGCAAGAAGAAAAUUUCAGACCAAAUGUAGCUAUGUGGUUAGCAACUACAGAGCAAGAGAGCAACACUUAGGAGCAGGAGCGAGGUCAAAUGCAAAACCUUGUUUCUCUUGCCAAAGUAUAAAGCAUAGAUCUAAAUGUGUGUGUGUGUUGCAGGUGUGUUGGCAAACUUUGGAAACACAAAACAUCCAGAUUCUGAAGGUUGGUAAAACAAUGUGCUUGCAAAACUUCCUUAUCCAAGGACAGACAUUUCUACAUUUCGAUUGCAACUUUAAUUUGGUGCCAUCAAAGGAGCAAAUUAACGUCAAAAGGAGUUAAGAUAGCCCUCUAUGGCUCUUCAGCUGUCAUGAUGUUAUCAUUUAGCAUCAUUUAUCUUCAAAGGGAAUGGCAGUGAAUGAAUAAUGAUCUUUUUACUUGUUCUUUAAUUUGGUCAGCACACCAUGUGCAGCAACAAACUUUCCUGACUUUUAUCUAGAAGUACCUAUAGAUAAAAGAGGAGAGAUGCCACCUAGAACAUAUAAUAGACUUCUUCAUGACAUUAGACAGUUCCAUGAGCACCCACUAGAAAGAAAUUAAUCUUAUUAAUAUGUUCAUAGGACUCAAAGAGUUGUCCUUUUAGAAACAAAGCCUUGGAAGAAGAAUCUAAAAGGGGCUCAGAUUGUCCUUUGAGGUUUACACAGACCAUUAGCAGAGUUGUUUUUUUGGAAGAACCCCAUGUCAUUCCAUCCUAGAAAAGCAACAGGACUGAAGUGAUACAACGUGGGAUUUGCCAAAGGAAAUAUUGAACGAUCCUGGGGCACCAAUAAUGGCACUUGGGAAGAGAGGACGUGACAGUAUUCCAUUUCAGGUUAUGUAAUCCUUUCACUCAGGGUUGGGUGACAUCAGUUUGUAAAAAGCCACUGAAUAUCCCCAAACUGACUUUUAUAAAACAGUAACAAGUGCCUCCUCAAUCCUCAGUAAUGCCAUGGAGUUAGGAAGAGUCAUGGGUAAAGCCCAUAGUUUUCUAGCGGGGGAAAUAUUGUAUGUGUGCCGGAUUUGUAAACUCUUAACAUAAGCAAUUUAUCUUUUUACCUACUGGUUUUGGACUCCUUGAAUAUGUUUUUAAAUUGAGAUAUUUUAUAGAUUCGUAAAGACAUACAUCUUAAUUCAGUGCAUGUUCUAUUGAAAGCUCGGCUGAUUCAUUCUGCCUUAUAUUGGAUUUAGGACCUCAGGGGGCAGUAGAUGACUUUUUUUCUUCCAACGAAGCUAUAGCUGACAUGGCAAUUGAAGAUCUCAAUGAGAUUAGAUUGCCUGAAGUGGGGAAAAGGUGAUUUUAAUCCACUGAAGUAGUGGAAGGCAACAUUUUCAUAUGACAUGAUUCAUUUCAAACAGUCCUAACUUGAUAGUCCGUAGAAAAGUACCAGCUGGUAAAGCCAAGGUAGGAUGCCAGUCAUUGUGGUUGCCCAGAAUGACGAGGCACGAUGUGUGCUCAUAACCACCCUCUUGAGCAACCUGAUAUCUGAAAUGGCUAUAAAAUCUUCUAACUGAUCUAAAGUGAGAGCCACAAGUUGUUUCGUUGAUCUCCUCUAAUAGCAUUUAAUAGAGGUAUGCCAGUACAAGCAAACGUUCAGACAUGAAUGUAACAUAGCAGAUUGAUUAUAUUCAUUAUCACUGAAUGAUUUGUUGGCUCCCUUAUAUUCAAUUCCACUUGCAAGCCAGUGACUCUGCCAUCAAAACCAGGCUUGGCUUGUCCA